AUGGCUUCCAAGAUUAUUGUUCUUGGGAGCGUGGACUGCCAGCUGCGCGCAGUGUUCACCAAGCUCGCCAAGCUACACGUGAAGCAGAAUUUUGCUUUCGCCAUCAUCGUCGGGGAUCUGUUCGGGGACUGCUCCACAGAGAAUCAGUUAGAUGAGAUCUCCGCACUCUUGCAGGGGAACAUCAACGUGCCACUUCCCACGUAUUUCACUAUCGGCAAUCGGCCCCUUCCCACUCGGGUCAUCGAAAAAAUCGAGGCCAAUGAUGAAGUCUGCCCAAACCUGUACUUCCUCGGGAAACGGGGCACCCUCAAGACUUCAGAAGGGAUCCGGAUUGCCGCGCUGGGUGGUCGACUUGAAGAAACUCACACCAAGCCUGAGACCAAUGUUGGUGGCAGGUUCCAGACAACAUACAGCGACUCCGAUGCGCGCGCACUCUUCGGAACCCACAGUGCCGAUAUCCUGAUCACCAAUCAGUGGCCCAAGGGCAUCCGUACAGGAUCCAACGCGGCUGUUCCCGAGGACGAAAGCGCAUUGACAACUGAGGUGCAGUGUGUCGCCGACGUUUGCUCGACACUGAGACCUCGUUACCACUUCUCCUCAUCAAACAGCUUCUUUUACGAGCGAGCGCCCUUUUUCCACCUGCCAACAGAGGACUACCCAGACGUUAAGCCACUGACCCGGUUUAUCUCCAUGGCGUCUUAUGAGUCAAAACAAAAAGCCAUGUACGCCUUUUCGCUGGACGUGAAAGCGGCGCCGCCGCUCACCCUCCCGGCCGGCGCAACGGCGUCCCCAUUCUCUGCAGUACAAGUCAAGCGCAAGCAUCUCCCCAGCCAAAACGAGUCUUUCCAGCGUUUCUCCAGGACCAACGAAGGUCACCACCCGCGUCCACCCAAACGAGCCCGCGCGCCACCACCAGGCCCAGAUCAAUGCUUUUUCUGUCUCUCCAACCCCAACAUCGCCACGCACCUCAUCACCUCCAUCGGAAACGAAGCCUACCUCACGACAGCAAAAGGGCCCCUGCCCCCAGAAAAGUUCUUUCCUUCACUUGGAUUCCCGGGCCACAUGCUCAUCAUCCCAUUCGAGCACACGCCCACCCUGAAUAUGAUAUCCGACCCAGGGUCCCGCUCCUCCACCUGCACCGAAAUGCAACGGUACCGUGACUCGCUGCACCAGAUGGUCAGCGAGCGCUCCGCCGGCAAGCUGGGCGCCGUGACUUGGGAAGUCAGCCGCGCCAGCGGCAUCCACACGCACUGGCAAUUUCUGCCCGUGCCCGUCGACCUGGUCCAGAGUCAGCUGGUCGACGCCGCCUUCAAGGUCGAGGCCGAGAACCUGCAGUACCCCAAAUUCACAACUGCGUCCUCCGGCAGAGACUCAGGCAGCGAGCCGGGCGACUUCUUCCGCGUCUGGAUCUGGGCGCCGUCGAGUGCCGCCCCGUCGUCUUCGUCUGAGGAUCCUCACACCCAACAACAACCCCAACAACCGUCAUCUACCCCUACUGAUGGCAAACCCUCCUCGUCUCCUCCUGCUGGCGAAGAGAAAAUCCUCAUACUUGAACUGACGCCUGAUUUCCGCUUCGAUCUCCAGUUCGGCCGCCGCGUCAUGGCUAAGCUGCUUGAGCUGGAUCAGCGCAUGAGCUGGAAGGAUGCUACGCAGACCGUGGCGGAAGAAGAGGCCGAUGCGAACGCGUUCAAGGAGGCGUUUAAGAAGUAUGAUUUUACCUUGGAGGAAUGA